AAAGCCUUGUUCAUACAAUGCCAGCCAGUGUGUAAGGAAGGACGGGCACUGAUUGAUGAUAACAGGAGAAAUGCAUCAUACCUUUGGAGUGUUCUUCCCCUUAAGCUUUUUGUUUUUGGUGUCACCAUGUAGUGGAGGAAACAUUCUAGUGUAUCCUGUUGAUGGAAGCCACUGGAUCAACAUGAAGGUUCUAGUAGAAGAACUUCAUGCCAAGGGACACAAAAUGACUGUGAUUCGGCCGUCCAAUAGCUGGUACAUUAAGGAGAAUUCUCCUCUCUACACAUCUAUCACAAUCAAAUUAGAGGAAGACUUCAAAAAUGUUUUUGAUUUGUACCUAGAGGAGCAAAUUAGGGUGCAACGAGAAGGUGCUUCACUGUUGUCCUUCUUCAGACUCAACAAUCAGUUUAUGACAAUGUUCACACAAGCUCAUGGAUUCUGGUGUGAUGUUGCAAAAAAAGUUCUCGAGGAUAAGAAACUGGUUAAACAGUUGAUUGAUUCCAAAUAUGAUCUGGUUCUGACUGAUCCAUUUACAGGUUCUGGCGUUAUACUAGCCAAAUACCUUAAUCUCCCUGUGGUCUUCAAUGUGCGCUGGAUCACCAGAGGAGAAGGCCACUUUUUUAUGGCCCCUUCUCCACUUUCUUACAUCCCAGUACCAGGAUCAGGCUUAACAGAUAAGAUGGACUUCAUUCAAAGGAUUAAAAACAUGUUUUUUUACAGCAUCAUUAAGUUUCAGGAAGACAAAGUUUUGCUUAUUUAUGAUGAGCUUUGCAACAAACACAUAGAAGGUGGAUGUAGUAUCGUCUCUCUGCUUCAACAAGCAGACAUUUGGCUUUUCAGAUCAGAUUUUGUGUUUGACUUCCCUCGACCCACCAUGCCAAACAUGGUCUACAUCGGAGGAUUCCAGUGCAAACCAGCUGAACCUCUGCCGGCAGAUCUGGAGAAGUUUGUUCAAAGUUCUGGAGAACAUGGAGUGAUAAUUAUGAGUCUUGGAGCUCUGGUUAAUGGACUACCCAAUGAUAUUACAGAUGAGAUAGCCACAGUCUUUUCCAAGAUGCCCCAGAAGGUGAUAUGGAGACACACGGGGGAUCGUCCCUCUACACUGGGCAAUAACACUCUCAUAGUGGACUGGAUGCCACAGAAAGACCUCCUUGGUCAUCCACAGGUUAAAGUCUUUGUAGCUCACGGAGGAACCAACGGAGUCCAAGAGGCCAUUUACCAUGGAGUCCCAGUGCUGGGCAUCCCACUGUUCUUUGAUCAGUACGACAACCUGCUACGUUUGCAGGAAAGAGGAGCUGGAAAAAUCAUUCAACUUGCAGACUUGAACAGUCACAGUUUUGAAAAAGGUCUUAAAGAUCUGCUCCAUGAUAGUAGCUACAGAGAGAACAUUCAAAGACUUUCUCGUUUGCACAAAGAUAAGCCGAUUUCACCCAUGGAAGACUGUAUUUUCUGGAUAGAGUAUGUGAUACGACACAAAGGGGCUCGCCAUCUGAUUUCUGAGGCAUACAAGAUGCCUUGGUAUUCAUAUCACAGUUUAGAUGUUCUCUUACUGCUGCUGGCUGUACUAAUGGUGCUGCUUUACUCUAUUUAUGCUGUUUUCAGAUGUCUAUGCUGCAGAAGGAAAAGAAAGACAAAACCCAAACAAAAUUGAAGUUGUUAGAUUUGUUCAAAUAUAUAUAUAUAUAUAUAUAUAUAUAUAUCUUUGUAACUGUCCUUGGAAAUAAAAACUUUUGAAUACAUUAAAUAAAAAAAAAAAUAUUGCUGUAAAAAUGGCUUUAUGUUCCAAUUUUGAAUCCAAACAUUUGAAUAAAUGAAUGCAAAUAUGC